AUGACUUCAGAAAAUGGCUUUGUGCAAGCAGCUAUUCCACACUUUGAUGGUCACUAUGACCAUUGGAGCAUGCUCAUGGAGAACUUCUUGAGAUCCAAAGAAUAUUGGACGGUUGUUGUUUCUGGCGUAGUAGAACCUGCAGCAGAUGUUGAGUUGUCAGACGGGCAAAAGACGGAGCAGGAAGGACUAAAGCUGAAGGAUCUCAAAGCAAAGAAUUAUCUUUUCCAAGCAAUUGACCGAUCAAUUUUGGAAACCAUUCUUUGCAAGGACACUGCAAAGCAUAUUUGGGAUUCCAUGAAGAAGAAAUACCAAGGUACAACAAGAACAAAGAGGCAGCAGCUUCAAUCACUUCGUUCGGAGUUUGAAUUACUUCGAACGAAAUCAGGAGAGUCAGUUACAGACUACUUUUCAAGAAUGAUGGCUAUCGUUAAUAAGAUGCGGAUUCAUGGAGACAAGACAACAGAUGUCACCGUUGUUGAGAAGAUUCUUCGAUCCUUGACACCAAAAUUUAAUUUUGUUGUCUGUUCGAUAGAAGAAGCAAAUGAUGUGGAUGAACUUUCAAUUGAUGAAUUGCAAAGUUCCUUGUUGGUUCAUGAGAAAAAAAUUAACCAGCAGAAGAAAGAAGAACAAGCAUUGAAGGCUGUAUCCGAAAAUCACACCAUAUCUAGUGGAGGUGAUAAAGGACGAGAUAGAGGAAGACAUCGAGGCAGAGGAGGCAAAAAUAACUAUGAUCGGGUGAACCAACAAAAUUAUCAGCAUCAAGAAAGUUAUUUUCAAGGAAGAGGAAGAGGACGUGGAGGCCAUCAAUUAACAAAGUCAUGA